UGUAAAUAAAAUUAUAAGGCAACAAAAACUAAUAAUAUGAAUAUGGAAAGUAAUAAUUAUAAGUUAUAGUAAAACAGAAAAAGUAACAUAUUUCUUAAUUCAAACUAAAACACCAAUUUUAGACUUCGAAGUAUUUAAAGAUGUUCCGCUCAGCAUCUGAUAUAGUUAGAAUUAAUCGUAGGGAAUCAACUAGCAUAAAUGGAGAUGAAUUAUACGGCUGUGAAUUCUGUUCUGAGGGCGGUUGGUCCAGCGAAACUGAGGUCGAAAUUCACAAAAGUGCGAAACACAAGAAAGAAUUAAAAAGUAUUUUGAAUGAAGCAGAUUAUGUAUGCGGCAUUUGCGUCAAAGAGUUUGAUAAUGGUAAUGAGUUGCUGAAACACAUUAAAACUGAUCACUUGUAUAGCUCGGAAAACGCUUAUCGAGUCGAACGAGAAAUAUUUGUCUGUGACGACUGCUGUCAGUUAUUCUUCAAUAAAUUACACCUCAUCGUACACAUAAAACAGAACCACGGGAGUGACAAUUACAAAACAGAGAUCGUAGAAUGUCCACAGUGUCACGACAAAUUCAAACGUAAACAGAUUUGGUUACACACACACACUCAUAACAUUCAAAGUAUAUCAUCGUGCCGUCUUUGUUUUAUAAAGUUGCCUAACAGAAGAGAGUUGAAGGAACAUUUAGAUAGACAUGGCCAUUAUUUUAAAUGUGAUAUGUGCGGUUACAAUUCUAAAAAAUCAUACCUCUUCAAUCAACAUGUAAAAGAUAAUCAUAAGAAGAAAAACAGUGAUGUUAAAAAGUUUAAGAAAGUUAAGAAAUACUUUAUACCACGAGAAGACGUAUUAGAAGGGAAGGGUCAGAUCUUAAUGAUAUUCCGUGGCGUGUAUUUGAGUAACUUAGUUAAAAUAUGUGUUAUGUGUCGAGAGAUAUGUGUCGGUUACCGACAAAUGUGUGAUCAUAUAACCCAUGAUCACAACACUAGUAUAGAAAUGGUUAAGCAUGAGUAUCGUUGUGUGUGUGGGGAGGUUUUCAAUAAUAAAGUGCUAUUAAAACAUCAUGUGUUCAAAAUGAAAGGAGAUCAUAGUAUUCCAAAAGCUGGUGAUGAAUAAACUAUAUAAUUGUUAAAUAUAUCAAAGGAAUCACUAUACAGAUAAUUUUUUUUAUAUACUAAGUAGGGUUUUUUUAUGAAUAGGUAUUAUCUACUCAUCAUUGUAAUCUCAAACAGCAAUACUUAAUAUUAAUUUGUACCAAUUUGAGAGUGAGCGAGCCAGUGUAACUACAGGCUCAAGAGAUUAUAUCAUUUUAACUUGACAAUGUUCGGUAUUGUUAAUAUCUAUUACAGCUCUAAUAUUUAAGCGUCUGUCAAGUCUGCCUACCUAUUAUAUAAAUGGAUGAAGCAUGACAUGGGAACUGAAUUGGAAUAUAGCAUAAUUAAAUAAACAAUUAUUUUUUUAGACAAAUAAUGCUGUUGUUGACAAUGUUGCCAGACCUGUUGUAUAGAAGUUUAUAUUAUAAGUUUCAUAGCUAUAUUGUUUAUAUAAUUAAAUUCAUUUAUUUGCAAAUUGUAGUUUUAUAAUGUUGGUAGAGAUGCACGUCAAUUGAUCAAGAUAGUGUGCAGUUUUAAUUUGUUUUAAUAUUAUUAAAGAUUAACUUAUGUUGGUACACAUUAUUACAGAUGUAACAAUAAUAAAUUAAAUACUACAGUCUUA